CGGAGGUGGGGGGGGGGGGUAGGACACAGCCGAUCCAGGGAGCUCCAUAGACAUACUGUGCAUCUGUGGGAUCAAGGUGGGGGAGACGGAUACAGGCAAACAAAGGAAGUUACUGAAGAACAGGAACAGUUUUGUUGAUGCCAGAAUGGGAGAACUUGUGUACAUUUUUCGUUUCUUUUUUUUGUAAUUUAAAUUGAAGUUGUUUUUGAGGUCAGCUCUCUGAGUUGAAUGCUGAACGUUUUACUUUAAUGUUGUAGUGCACCUAAAUUCGAUUUUUAAUGAAUUUGUUCUUUUUUCCCCCCUGUACUUGUGGACUUGUAGCACAGUGACUGGUCUCAGGUACUGUGAAUUCUCAAGAGGAAAACAGAUAUUCAUUUCCUUAAAAUUGCACUUUUGGGGGGGGGGGGAAGAACCAUAUGGCAUUCUGGGCUUGAAAUAACAAAAAAAAGAAUAAAAGUAAAUAAUGAACUAGGAAGAUUCCUUAUAUGAAGCUGAUCUAUACGAUAGCUGACAUGUUUAAAGGGGAAAAAGUCUGUUAUUUCUCAAUUACAAAUAAUCUACCAGGAAAUCAUAGUUUGUGCCUUUCCAAGUAAAAUGUUUAAAGCUUAAAUGUGCUGAAGGAAGUUUUAUCUUGUGCUGGAAUGGUUGCGUGUGGCUGUGAGCUAUUUUCACUGAUCAUUAAGGAAUGUCGACCCACACCUCGGGCUCACAUGACCUGCGCGUCUGACAAUCAUUCAUGUUUUCUGUGGUACUGAUCUAUUGUUACAUCCCCCCCCUUUUUUUAACUGCAGCACUGGAGCUGCAGUGGUGUACAUGAGAAUUUAUUUUUUAUUUUUUUUGCAGUGCCAAAGGUUGUGAUACUCAUUUUGAGGCUUCGGUGAGAUUAAUGGGUUACUAGCUUCCUAUGAGACUGGAAGUUAUAUGUUGACGAAGCAGGAAAUAAGCUGACCCAAGCGUACACUGUGUUCGGGGGUAUUGUGCUUAAGCAGUGAUUUGUAAGGGGGCAAAUUCAUUCUAAAGUCCCUUUUAGUUGUGACUCGUAUAUUGGUGGCAGUAACUUUUAUGAUCAUCCCCCUAGUAAAGCUGUUGCGACCGUCAUUUCAGAUACUGAUCAGUUCCAAACUUGAACCUGUGACCUUGUUAAAAGGUGACUGCUUUCAGCGGUCACAUUUUCAUAUUUCAUCAUAUUGCAGAACAUGCCUCACUGACCUUUGUGGUUAAGGAGCCUGAAUCGUACUUCCAGUAUGCAUUUGUGUGUAUCGAAAGUGCAGCAGCAGUCACCACCUCCUGCUUUCAGAAUGUUACCCAAAGUAUUUGCUCUGACCCUUAUCAAACCCCAGGGCGCUCCCCCCACGAUGGACCCCUACGUUCUGGCACUUUGGUGAUUAGACAAGCAACACAUCUGUGUUACAGCGUUUGUGGUUUGACACCCAGUAUCAUUUUCUUACCCCCCUGAUGUGUGUCGGUCAUGGUGGCUGUGGUUUGCCAUCCCAGCAGCUGACAGAUAAUCUGCUGCUCUGUCCGGCACUGCUGGAUAAGCCACUGGCCAAGGAAUUUGUACAGAAGAAAGGUGGGAGUCUGCAGAACAGUACAUGAUGCUCGCUGGGAAUUCUAGUGUGAAGCCAUUAAACCAUAUUUUGUGUGAUCUGGUAUGAACUGUAUGUAGAUAUUAGAAGAUCACGAGUAGAGCUAGUGCAGCCAGUUUAUACACCGCGCUAAUGUUUCUGUUCCAAACCAUUACAUCGGUUCAGCUGUCCAACACCGAUCUAAAAGCACAAUAAACAUGUUUGCUAACUGACCCGUCAUAUCAGCGCUGUAACUAAAUAACCAGGGCAGACAGCUAUUUUAAGAGGUAUUUUAAAUGGAACUAUUUUUCGUAUCCUAAUCCCGUGAUCAUUUCUCACACUUAGCUAUGGAAACAGCGCAUAUUUACGGGAAUCACCUACGGCGGCGUUCUUAAAGUUCCGCCUAUUUUUUUUUAACAUGGCCGUUCAUUGGUGAAUCCCGUAUGGCACGUCGCCUGUGAUUGGUGAAUAUCACCCCAGCGCACGCCAGUCACGUGCGAUAAACAAUUGCAUCGGUCGGUGAUGACGCGAGAACGGAUGCGAUGGCUGGCGGAGGUAAGGGGAGGCCCGGGAGGGUUUUCGUAGCGGGGAUCGGGUCGCUUCGUCAGGGGAAGACCGAAUGAGAGCCAUGUCAUUCAUAUUUGCGAGCCUUUCGUAUCGCAGAGCGCCAGCCAAUAAGCCUCCAGUCUCGCUUUCUCAAGCUGCCGGUGCGUAGGCGCCGGGCUUUCUGCCUGCGCCCCAGUCAGCUGAUUCGGAGCCGGCUGUGCGUUCUCGCUUUUUAGAAUACCGACAGUCUUUCUCGGGGGAUGCGCGAAGGACAGGGCUGACCGCACUGUAUCGAUAAACAGCAGACAGGCAGGGAGGUGUUUUCGGACAUAGCUCUUUGCCAUGGCAGAGACGCAGCGCUCUUUGUCCGCCUUCGGGCGCCUGAGCUACGCCGUGGGCCACUUUCUCAACGACCUGUGCGCCUCCAUGUGGUUCACCUACCUGCUGGUCUACUACCACUCGGUGCUCGGCUUCCAGAACAGCCUUGCCGGGGUGCUGCUGCUCAGCGGGCAGAUCGCCGACGGCAUCUGCACGCCUGUGGUCGGCUACGAGUCGGACCGGACCACCGGCUGCGGGAAAUACGGCAAAAGGAAAACCUGGCACCUCAUAGGCACAAUCAGUGUGAUUAUCUCCUUCCCCUUCAUUUUCAGCCCUUGUCUGGGCUGUGACGAGAACACCCCACAGUCGGUGGGCCUCGUUUACUUCAUCCCGUUCAUCAUCAUCUUUCAGUUUGGCUGGGCAGCUACCCAGAUCUCCCACCUGUCCCUCAUUCCCGAGCUGGUCUCCAGCGAGCACGCUAAGGUGGAGCUGACCGCUUACAGGUACGCCUUCACUGUGUUGGCGAACAUCUCCGUCUACGCCAUCGCCUGGCUGCUGUUCCACUUCCAGGUGGGGUCAGCCGAGGACCCCUCCAUCAUGGACAACCUGGGCCGCUUUGACAUCCCCGUGUUCCGGAACUUGGCCAUCGCCGUGUUGGGUUUCGGGAUCGUGUUCUCCAUCUUCUUUCAUCUGGGCACGCGGGAGGCGGGCCCUCACCAGCAGGGGGCGGUGUUGGAGCCUGAUGAGCACCAGCCUCUGAUUUCUGGUCUGCGGGUGACCCGGCCAGCCAGGGUGCUCCAGUGGAGGCAUUGGCUGAAGGAGGCAUCUUUCUACCAAGUGGCGUUUCUCUACAUGUUCACCAGGCUGAUAGUGAACCUCUCCCAGACCUACAUCUCCAUGUACCUGACCAAGUCCCUCAUGCUGCCUAAGAAGUUCAUUGCUAGCAUCCCCCUGGUGAUGUACGUCAGCGGCAUUCCCUGCUCUCUGGUCAUGAAGCCGUUCAGCAAGCUGAUCGGGAAAAGCAUGACGUAUUUUGUGGGCCUGCUCUUCAUCAUGGCCUUCUCCUUCUGGGUCCUGUUGAGCUCGCGCAUGGGCCAAGAGGUGUACGGUGCUGCGGUGCUGCUGGGGUCCGGCUCGGCCACCAUCCUCGUCAUGUCGCUCUCCAUGACAGCGGACCUCAUCGGCGAUCAAACGCAAACCGGCGCCUUCGUGUACGGGGCAAUGAGCUUCACGGACAAGGUGGCCAAUGGCCUGGGGGUUAUGAUCAUUCAGGGCCUGUACCCUGACCAGACAGGUACUUGGUACUACCGCAAUGUCAUGGUGAUCGUCACCGGGGGCAUGGCCGUUGCAGCAGCGCUGGCCCUCUGCACCCUCCUCAUCUGGCCAAUCAGGAUACGGCUCCGUGAGUAUGUCAAGCAGGGGGCGUGGCCUUGGACGGCACGCUGGCUCACAUGCUGAGGGAGAUGUACAGUGUGUCAAACUGGAUGUUCACCAUGCCAGUGACUAGUUAAGACAAGACGCCACUUUCUGACUUGUCAUGUUCAUUAAUACUGAUGUAGGGCCUCCAUCUUUUCUUGCAUGCCUUGUAUUAACUUUUACAAACUAGCAAAAAGGUGUAUUCCCAGUGACUUUUUGCAUUAUGAUCAUAUUUUUCGGUUUGGCUUGCAUUCAAAAAUUUAAAGUAAAUUUGAAAUCUAGUAGUGAUGCAAUUUUUUGUCCAGUCGUUCUGUUGUCCAUUAUCGCCAUCUAAUGGACAAGUGUUGCAGCACAGUUAAACCUUGGCGGCAGCUUGCUGUGUGAGUGUAGGAGUCGAAGCAUGUCAGUCUGCCAGGCCAUCAGAAUGAAACUGCUGUACUCUGCUUUCACAGACAUGCCCUCUGACUCUGAGGCUGAUGCGGCCGUGAACUGAGCCUGUUGGACGUCCCAGCGGGUUGGCCAGCGAAGGGAGGAGGGGGAGGGGACCCUGAGCUGCUGUCCUGGUUGUGGGUGGGGCAUUCCUCCGUCCAGUAUUACCUGGUUUGGGAGCACUUAAUCUCUAACUGCUCUCCAUGAGUGCAUUUGCUGUGACUCUUCCCUGAGUCCUAGACAAUAACACUGUCUGCGGUGGACCGAAAAUGUCCCGGGCAUCACAGCCUUGAUACAGACGAUAAUUUUGCUAAAAUAUCUAUGAAUGUAAAAAGGGAGAUAUAAACGCACAUACCAUGUCUCGAUAUUCCACGACCUAAAAGUCGCAUUUCCUGACUGAGCCAGAGACAGGGAACUUGUUAAUGCAUUUGUUAUUGCAGAAAGGGAAAUUGCAACAAACUGCAGUAGACUAUGCAUGAAAUCUUUUCCAAGUUGCGUCAGUUAAUGUUUUAUAAAGAUUGGUCUGUUCCGCUUUUUUUUGUAUUUUUUGUGAGACUGAAGUUAAAGGGAAUGGGGAACAUACCAUUCACGGUAUUUAGGUGGGGGGUUUCCUCUGAAAAUGAAUAUAUGCUCUCAGCGGUGAGUUUCUGCUGAGGGCACUGGGAAUGGCGGAAGCGUGUCCCUGAAUGGCGAAGGCCAUCAGUCAGCAAGCACAACUCCACCCAUGUACUUUGGAAUGGGGAGGGGGCACCGUGGCCCAGUUUCCCCCCCUGCUGGGCCUCUUGAGUUUGCAUGUGGGUCAGCCUGGCCCUGUGCAGGGCUUUCCAGCAAUGGAGAAGCACAGGGAUAGUGUGGCCUGUCUCUGGGGGGGGGGAAGACACACCCCCUCACCCCCAAAGGAACACCAAAAAAGGGAAAUGCAAAAAAUGCAUCCUCACAUUUAUACCGCACUCAUUUUUUAUUUUACUUCAAUUGGGGGGAAAAAUCAGUGUACUGUAAUGUUUACCUGUUUCUGUUCAUCUAAUUAAAAUAUAACAAAUUCAACACUCAUUUAAGGGAUCAAAGUAUGUAUUGUGAAUACGUCAGCCUGAUCUGUAAUUCUGUGUAUGGAGACACUAAACGGAAUCACGUUGAUGUUCAGUCCAAUAAAAUCUUUCCUUAUUCCGGAA